AUGUUCACAAGCUUCACAGGAAACACUCGACGGCCUCGCCAGGUCAACCUCAGCGGCCGCAAGACGCACGCGUUUGGCAGCACUGGGUCCGGAAGCGGCUCACAGGCAGCCCUCGACCGCGCCCAACAGGAUCGAGCACAACGUCAACGCGAGCGGGAGACACAGCAAGCGGCCAAGACAAUACAGAGAGUAUGGCGCGGUCAUCUCAGUAGAGGGGAGGUCAGUGGUCUGUUGCGGCGGCAGUGGGAUGCUGUGGAGGGGCAAACUACUGCCUCGUCUACACCAACACCUUACAGCUCGGAAGAGGAGGCUUUCUCACAGCUACAGCGACUUCUGCGAUUCGCGAACAUGCGGAAGGAAGAUGACCUCGACCGCAUACGUCAGUUCUACAAGCGGCAGCUGGAGACGGUGCGAGCUCUCAACCUUGAGGCAAGCGGUGCCUGGCCAUCCGCAUACCUCAAGUUACAGCAAAUAGUUUUAAGAAUUUUGGGCCGCCUGACAACCGACUCAAUCUCACAUGACCGACUUCGGGACUUUCUAAGCAUAGCCCGAUUUCUGGCAGAGCAAAUACCCGCCGAGACGGCUAAGAAUAGCCCGCAAUACUUCCACACACUCGCCCGUGUCGUUGCAAUAAUUUUGUCGAGCCCUGAAGCAACGGACGCAGCAAAGGCAGCCGAAACUCUCGAAUUUAUCUUUCCAGCCAUUGUUGCACCGUUGAUGAAGGUGACUGGCUACACCUUGAACGCAUACGAGGCUUUUGGUUUUGAGUUCUUGACACUUACCAAAAUGGGCGCAGAUACGGGUUCACCAUUAGCGACAAAAUUUCGGGAUUCAUUGGCAAAUGCGAUCAAUUAUAAGCUGCUAGCGAGUGCGUUAGCGACAUAUCUGAAGGUGAACGGGUUGCAGUCCCGGCAAGAGCUGGGGAAUGUAGAAGCCCGGAUGUGCUUUCUAGGCAUGUUCAUAUACUUCCAUCGAUACGCACACAACUUCCAGUCAUCGGAGGCUUACGCCGUCCACAAGGAUUUCGUAACCGUGGUUUCACUACUCCUGAAUUCGUUACCUACGAACAUCAUUGAAGGGUCGGGCUCGGAUGGCGACAAGUCAGAGUUGGAGGAGAUUGUCGUAAACGAAUUUUUGAAGGAACAAAUCUUGUCACUCGUGAACCAGGAAGGUAUCGGCAACCUCUUGGCUGGGUCCUCUCAAUCGUCAGAUGCGACAGAGGAUGAGAAAGUAGAAGAGGCGCGCCAGUUGGCCAACUAUGCACUCGCUCUUCUGCGUUUCUUUCCACGAAGGGGUGACGAGAUUCGCAUGUGGUUGUACAUUGGCCCGCCUAACGCGCAAUCCGGCAAGGGCAGGAAACUUCCCGCUAUCAAGUAUUUCUGGCAGGCAUCAAAGCGCUCCUCUGUUUUCAGUACGAUUACGCGUGACUCAAGAGCUGCUGUUGACCUAUUGCGACCGAGAGCGACUCAAUCUAAUGGUGUCGCUCCAUCUGCAAGCUUGUCAACGAACUCCUUCUGGCAAGCGCCCAGACAAGAGGUUGAUCUUGCCGCUGUAAGAGCUGACGAAUGGCGAGUAAUACUCGUCUUUCUUGAGCUUUACACCUUCGUGCUCAAAGUUACCGACGAUGAAGAAUUCUUUUCAGGUGGUUCCUUGCCAUUAGGCGAUGUUAAAGAUUUGACGACUUUCUUGAAGAACCUUGGCUUCACUCUGUAUUUCAAUGCUUCCGAUAUCAACGAAUCUGAUGAACGGGAUUCUACUAGCAGCGGAAUCAGCUUCUUCAACCCGCAAGCUGCCGAAGCUCAGCAACAAAAACAAGCCGCAGAACCUUCUUUGGGAGGUGUUGCAGGCUUGACUCUCGACUACGUGAAAGGCCUUGUCACUGGAUUGGUCCGCAUGGUCUACGAACGCGACUCCCGACGGAAGUUCUUGCCUGACGAUCAUUGGUUAAUGACUUCGAGAUUUGAUAUGACUGGAUUCAUCCCGGCAGUCGUUGAAGAGGAAGAGAGCCGACACAGGAUACAAGAGGAAGAUGCUGAGGACAUGGGGGACGAAGAGGAUGACUUUGACGAUACACCACAGCUCAUCGGUACCGGCAGAACACAACAACAGCGGCGAUUGGAGAGGCUGCAACGCCAGCAGCGGAAAGCGUCGCGCAGAAGGUAUUUGCAGGCCGUUGCGCCACGCUUGGAGAUUCUGCAGAAUAUGCCCUUCUUCAUACCAUUCACCACCCGUGUGCAGAUUUUCCGCGAGUUCGUGACUCUCGACAUGACAAAGCGAAGAGGCAGUUCGGACCCUGAAUCGUGGCGUUUACGCGUCAUGCAGCGACCCGAUGCACCGCACCAAUUCGACAAGCAUGCUGCACGUGUCCGUCGUGGUGCAGAGUUUGACGAUGCUUUCGCACAGUUUUACGAUCUCGGCGAGGGGUUGAAGGAGCCCAUCCAGAUCACUUUUGUGGAUCAAUUCGAUCAGGCAGAAGCUGGUAUUGAUGGCGGAGGUGUCACGAAAGAGUUUCUCACCAGCGUCACGAAUACAGCUUUUACACCUACCGAAAAUGGGAUCGACAUGUUCAUUGAGAACGACCAACAUCUGUUAUACCCAAACCCUUCGGCUGUAGAAGAACUGAAGGAAGUCUUGAGGACCAAGAUAGGUUUACGCGAUGGCUCUGCGGAAUUCCGGCAGCAGGUGUCUGAGUCUCUCCAGCGGUACGAAUUCUUGGGGCGCAUCAUCGGUAAAUGCAUGUACGAAGGUAUCUUAGUCGAUGUCAACUUUGCACCAUUCUUCUUGCGCAAAUGGGCAUUGACAGGCGGCACGGGCUCCGCGCCGAACGAGACAGGUUACCGUCCGACGCUAAAUGAUCUCCGCGAUCUGGACGAGGAGCUCUACCAAGGCCUACACAAGCUCAAAACUUAUGAUGGCGAUGUGGAAGACUUCGGUCUCAACUUCACAAUCACGGACACCGUCGUCGUCGACCAUAACACCAAGAAAACCAAAGCCGUUACGAAAGAGCUCCGUCCUGACGGCGCCAACAUUGCCGUCACUAACCAAAACCGCCUCGUCUAUAUCAGCUACGUCGCCCGACACCGCUUGCAAAACCAACCUUACCUUCAAACCUCUGCCUUCCUCCGCGGCCUUUCCGCCAUGAUCCAGCCCUCGUGGCUCUCCAUGUUCAACGCGCCUGAACUUCAGACCCUAAUCGGCGGGACAUCAUCCUCCAUCGACGUCGACGACCUGCGCCGCAACACCAUGUACGGCGGCACCUACGUGAUAGGGGACGACGGGCUGGAGCAUCCGACGGUCCAGCUCUUCUGGAAGAUUAUGAAGGAACUGAGUGAUGGGGAGCGCCGCGCGGUGCUGAAGUUCGUGACGAGUACGCCGAGGGCACCGCUAUUGGGGUUCCGGACGCUGAAUCCGAGAUUUAGCAUAAGGGAUGCCGGGAGCGAUCAGGAGAGGUUGCCUAGCACGAGUACGUGUGUCAAUCUGCUGAAGCUGCCUAUGUACAAGGAUGAAGCGUUGCUAAAGGAGAAGUUACUGUAUAGCGUUUUCUCGGGGGCUGGGUUCGAUUUGAGCUAG